CGGGAAUUCAAACUGACAGGUGGGAGCGUGGCCGUUGGUGCCGGAACGGGACCGGACCGGGACCGGACCGGGUCCCAGCCGCCAUGUCCUCCAGCGGCUGCACCUUCGCGGACCGGUGCGUGACCGUGCUGUGCUGCCGGUUCUGCCGGCAGGUGCUGAGCUGGCGGGGCAUGCAGGCCGUGCUGCUGGCCGACACCGACACCGACCUCUACUCCACCGACAUGCCGCCCUCGGGAACUGUCGAUUUCAUCGGGAGCUGCUACUUCACCGAGAUCUGCCAGUGCAAAGUGAAGAACAUCGCCUGCUUGAAGUGUGGGAAUGUUGUUGGCUACCACGUCAUCUGUCCCUGCAAGCCCUGCCUGCAGUCCUGCAACAACGGCCACCUCUGGAUGUUCCACAGCCAGGCCGUGUUUGGCAUCAACAGGCUGGACCCUUCUGGUGUGAAUGUAUUGCUGUGGGGCAACCUGCCAGCUCUGGAGGAAAGCACAGAAGAAGACACGUCCUGCGCCUCUGAGGAGGAGUUCAUCAGAUAAAUUCCACCUGCAGCAUCUUCCCUGCGCUGGUGGCCUGGCUGUUUGCUUUGGAUUUAUUUCAUUUCACCUGGUGGCUCAUCAGAGCUUAAACAGCAGGGAAAAAAACAACCAGGAAAUCUGGAAAAAAAAAGCCAAAAAAUGGAAUUUUUCUUGCUCUUUCCCUGGACUCUGCCUGAGCAGAUCCACUUGGAAAAGCCAACACAAAGUGCAUUUACUGAGCUCUAUUUUGCUUUUUAUUCUUAACCCUCUACAGCUCUGAUAAUCCUUCUUUUCUUCUUCCCCAGAGCACUUUUCACAGAGCAAAACCUCUCAGCUGCUCUCCGUUCAAAAGAAUGUUCAGGAAUAAUUAUUAUAAAUAAUUUUUAUAAAUAAUAUAAUAAAUAUUAUUCCUUAUUGAAGGAAUAAUCAGCCAGGUCUGGCAGAGCUCAGAACUCAAAGUUUUCUGCUCUGGCUCGGGGAUCUCCUGCUCUUUGCAGCUUCUCUGCACCUCAGGAUGCUCCUAAGUAUGCACUGGGAAGCCUCUUAGAGCAUCUCCAUCUUUAUUUGUCCAUACUUACAGGGUUUCAGCACCAAACUCUGCUUUUCUGGGCUAUUUUAAGAGGAUUUUGAUACUCAUGUGGGUGUCUUCUUAAAGUUCCCAUAUAAGGGUGGCUGAGAGUCAUAAGGAAAGUAGAAUAAAACCAUGGGUUUUUAUUAUUAUUAAUAAACCCAUGUUUUAUUAUUGUGGUUUAAACCACCCAGGACCAAUGGCAGCAACAUAAUAAUAAUAAUAAUAAUAAUAAUAAUAAUAAUAAUAAUAAUAAUAAUAAUAAACAGGGUUCUGUCUCCACAGAGAUCAAGUUCAUGGUUUUUCUCCCCAUUCAAACCUAAAUUCUGCAGUUUCUUACUAAAAUUUCAAGGCUGCACUGGAGUUUUUCUUCAGGGCAGCAAUAA